GCUUCAGUGCAAGUGUGUAGCUUGUCAUUCCGAGGCAUUCACGGUAGGAUUCUCUGUCUCCUCUAUUCACGUUUUCAGUGUGUUUAUGUGAGCGUUGAGACCAGAAUAAAAAGGAAAAAAGAAUCAGCCGCCGCCUACUGAAUUGGAACGCGCAAUCUUAUUCCGGAGCUAUUCUACAGAAGGACCGUUCGUAUCUUAACUGGAAGCCUGGACAAAUACUGUGCGUUUCCCUUUUUAUCUGCACUCUAUCAAUUUCGCCUAAAUGCACAGAGUUUUUGCUGUAUGUGCCUGUUUAUUUCAUUUUUGGACUGAACGGUGAGUGAAAACUGUGCACCAAUAUUUUAAGUGGUGGGACGUCGAGAAACUGGGACCUGUCAAACCCAAGAAGGAGAGCUUUUUAUGCACACCUGCAGAAUGAUGUCCCGAAGUGCUGAUGCCAGUGAUCGACAUGCUAUCCUGUUGACAUUGUCAUAAAUUGACCUUUCAAGAAAGACUACAUUCAAGUAAGCAUGAUCUUGUCAAUACAGAAGACAUUCUCAGGAAUUGUGGAACAAUGAAACAAAAUCAGAUGUGUAACUGCCAUGCAAUUUGUACUUUAUGUGAUCUUGGAAAUCAUUCUUCUACCAGUAAAUGUGAAGAUAAAUAAAAUGUCCCAAAUGUUUUGGAAAUGGGGUUGUAUCAGUGGAUUAGGGUACCUGGGGCUAAUUUUAUACCCCCAUCAAAGUUUUAAUGUUGAAUACUCAGACUAAACAGCCAUGGAUGUGAAGGAACGAAAACCAUACAGAUCUCUGACAGCUCGGCGAGAUACAGAACGGCGCUAUACUAAUUCUUCUGUGGAAAGUGAAGACAGUAAAUUACAUCCUAAAUCCUACAGCUCUAGUGAGACCCUGAAAGCUUUUGACCAGGAUUCCAGACUGGCCUACGGCAGCAGAGUCAAAGAAAUGGUGCACCUUGAGUCUGAUGAAUACUGCAGGCAAGGAGCUGAUUUCUCACUCAGAGAUUUGGGGUUUGCCGAAGUAAUGACUCAGCAUAACACAGGCUACCGGACAGAUAUUGGAUUGCCUCAUCGUGGAUACUCCAUUAGCGCAGGCUCUGAUGCUGACACAGAAAUGGAUGGAAUCAUGUCUCCAGAACAUGCAGUCAGACUAUGGGGGCGUAAUGCCAAAUCAGGACGCAGUUCUUGUUUGUCCAGUAGAGCCAAUUCAAAUCUCACUCUUACAGACACAGAACAUGAAAACACAGAAAAUGGUCCUCCCCUGCAUUGUUCAUCUGCUUCAUCCACCCCAAUUGAGCAGUCCCCUUCCCCUCCCCCUUCCCUUGAAGCCAAUGAAAGCCAGCGAAGGUUGCUAGGUAACGGUGUGCCUCAGCCAACCCCGGACAUUGACUCUGAGGAGGAGUUUGCCCCCAAUUCAUUCUUAGUAAAAACGAGCUCUGGGAACUUCUAUGCUACAGCUCCAGCUGCUGAUGACCAAACAACCACAUUUCAAAACCAUGCCAGACUGAGGACUCCACCACUUCCACUUUCUCAUUCUCAAAACCCAAACCAGCACCAUGCAUCGUCAAUCAAUUCAUUGAAUCGUGGAAACUAUACUCCUCGAAGUAAUCCCAGCCCUGCCCCCACAGACCACUCGGCACCAACGGAAGUACCAACAUCUGCCCAAGAGUCAGGAUGUGCACAAGACAACUGGCUGCUUAACAGCAACAUUCCUCUUGAAACCAGGAGCCAGAAUACUCUUUUGUAUAUCAGAGAAGAGCAAGAGGAUUUCAUAGAAGGGCAGGGAUCAUUCAGUGCAAGAAACAUAGCAAAGCAGACAUUCCUAGAGACUUUACAGGACAACUUCAUUGAGAUGGACAUUCUCGCCUCAGCAAGACAUGAUGGUUCUUACAAUGAAGGGCACUUCCUGUUCAAGCCGGGUGGAACAUCGCCCUUGUUUUGCACAACGUCACCGGGAUACCCCCUGACCUCCAGUACUGUUUAUUCCCCACCACCCCGACCACUGCCACGUAGCACCUUUUCCAGACCUGCUUUCAGUCUGAAGAAGCCCUACAAGUACUGCAACUGGAAAUGUGCUGCUUUGAGUGCCAUUAUAAUUUCUGUAACACUGGUCAUCCUGCUAGCAUAUUUUAUUGCUAUGCAUCUGUUUGGCCUAAACUGGCACCUGCAGCCUAUGCAAAGACAAAUGUAUCAGCUGGCAGAAGACAGAGCCAGCAGCCUGCCAGCACCUACGGACCUCACAGUUUCACCUUCAGGUGGAACAGGGUUAGAGUUACCUGACAGAAAAGGCAAAGGCAUUGGAAUGGGUGAAGGAAAACCAGAUGGUCUUUUUCCAGAAGAAACUUUUAUAGACAUGGGAGAAAUUGAUAUUGGAAGGAAGGUUACACAGAAGAUUCCUCCUGGUAUAUUUUGGCGUUCCCAAGUGUUCAUUGAUCAUCCAAUGUAUCUAAAGUUCAAUGUAUCCCUAGGAAAAGAUGCUCUUGUUGGCAUCUAUGGCAGAAGAGGCCUUCCUCCAUCACAUACACAGUUUGACUUUGUGGAGUUGCUGGAUGGACGACGAUUACUAGCACAGGAGGUCCGGGGCUUGGAAGGACCACAAAGGCAGCAUCGUAGCUUAGUUCCAAUAACCAAUCAUGACACUGGAUUCAUCCAAUAUUUAGAUUCAGGAAUAUGGCACUUGGCUGUAUACAAUGAUGGGAAAGAAGCAGAACAAGUCUCUUUUAUAACUACUGUAAUAGAAUCUGUGGAUGAAUGUCCAAGCAACUGUUAUGGGAAUGGAGACUGUGUAUCUGGCACUUGUCAUUGUUUUUUAGGCUUCCUUGGACCAGACUGUGGAAGAGCCUCAUGUCCAGUUCUGUGCAGUGGAAAUGGUCAAUAUUUGAAAGGGCGUUGCAUGUGUCACAGUGGCUGGAAAGGGUCAGAGUGUGACAUUCCUACUAGUCAAUGCAUUGAUGUGGCCUGCAGCAAUCAUGGAACAUGCAUUAUGGGAACUUGUAUCUGCAAUCCUGGCUACAAAGGAGAAAACUGUGAAGAAGUGGACUGCAUGGAUCCCACAUGCUCUGGGAGAGGAGUAUGUGUUCGUGGAGAAUGCCACUGCACUGUGGGAUGGGGAGGGCCCAAUUGUGAAAAUACAAGACCAUCCUGCAUGGACCACUGCUCGGGACAUGGGACCUUUCUCCAAGAAACUGGAACUUGCAGCUGUGAUGCCAACUGGACUGGGCAUGAUUGUUCUACAGAGAUUUGUGCAGCCGACUGUGGAGGACAUGGUAUCUGUGUGUCAGGCACCUGCCGCUGUGACGAGGGUUGGAUGGGCAAUGCCUGUGAUCAGAGGGCAUGUCACCCACGCUGCAACGAGCACGGAACAUGCAAGGAUGGCAAGUGUGAAUGCAGUCCUGGUUGGAAUGGAGAGCACUGCACCAUUGCUCACUAUCUGGAUAAGGUAGUGAAAGAGGGAUGCCCUGGUUUAUGUAAUGGAAAUGGAAGAUGCACCCUUGACCAGAAUGGAUGGAACUGUGUCUGUCAGCUGGGCUGGAGAGGUUCUGGAUGUGACACAUCCAUGGAGACUGCAUGCAGUGAUGGCAAAGAUAAUGACAAUGAUGGCUUGAUAGAUUGCAUGGACCCUGACUGCUGUCUUCAGACAAGCUGCCACAUUACAUCACUAUGUGUAGGUUCUCCAGACCCAUUGGACGUCAUUCAACAAACUCAGGCUCCAUCCACUCAAGCCAACCUGCAGUCCUUCUAUGACCGAAUCAGAUUUCUUGUGGGCAAGGACAGCACUCACAUCAUCCCAGGAGAAAACCCCUUCAAUGUAGACCAUGCUUGUGUUAUUCGAGGUCAGGUAAUGACAUCAGAUGGAACCCCCCUUGUUGGGGUGAACAUCAGCUUUAUCAACAACCCUCUGUACGGUUAUACCAUUAGUCGUCAAGAUGGCAGCUUUGAUUUGAUCACCAACGGUGGAGUCGCCAUAAUAUUGCGUUUUGAGCGUGCCCCCUUUAUUACCCAGGAACACACACUGUGGUUGCCUUGGGGGCGCUUUUAUGUCAUGGAUGCCAUCACAAUGAGGCAUGAAGAAAAUGAGAUUCCCAGUUGUGAUCUCAGCAGCUUUGCACGACCCAACCCUAUUGUCUCUCCUGCACCCUUGACUGCCUUUGCUGCAUCAUGUUCUGACAGGGGAACAAUUGUCCCAGAAAUUCAGGUACUGCAGGAAGAGAUCAACAUUCCAGGAUGCAAAAUGAAGCUCAGCUACCUGAGCAGUCGCACACCAGGGUACAAGUCAGUCCUCCGUGUCAUCUUGACACAUUCAUCAAUUCCUUUUAACCUCAUGAAGGUUCACUUAAUGGUGGCAGUAGAAGGACGGCUCUUCAGGAAGUGGUUUCCAGCUGCCCCAGAUCUUUCAUAUUAUUUUAUCUGGGACAAGACUGAUGUAUACAGCCAAAAGGUCUAUGGACUCUCAGAAGCUUUCGUUUCAGUGGGAUACGAAUAUGAAUCUUGUCCAGACCUAAUACUUUGGGAGAAGAGGACUGCUGUUCUACAAGGGUAUGAAAUGGAUGCCUCCAAUCUUGAUGGCUGGACAUUGGACAAACACCAUGCCCUGAAUAUUCAAAGUGGCAUACUACACAAAGGAAAUGGAGAGAACCUGUUUAUUUCCCAGCAGCCCCCUAUCAUUAGCAGUAUUAUGGGAAAUGGAAGGAAACGCAGUACGUCCUGUCCAAGCUGCAAUGGCCUUGCUGAUGGGAACAAGCUGUUGGCACCAGCUGCACUAGCUUGUGGUUCUGAUGGAAGUCUCUAUGUGGGUGAUUUCAACUACAUCCGCAGGAUCUAUUCAGGCAAUGUCACCAGUGUGCUGGAACUAAGAAAUAAAGAUUACCGACAAAGCAGUAGUCCAGCACACAAGUAUUAUCUGGCUACCAGUCCAGUAUCCGGUGCUGUUUACCUGUCAGAUACAAACAGUAGGAAGGUGUUUAAAAUAAAAUCUCUUACCAUAAUUAAAGAUGUGGCCAAGAAUUUCGAAGUAGUGGCAGGCACCGGUGAUCAGUGCCUUCCUUUUGACGAGACUCGCUGUGGGGAUGGAGGCAAGGCUGUGGAAGCCACACUUACUAAUCCCAGAGGUAUUACUGUUGAUAAGCUUGGGUUCAUCUACUUUGUUGAUGGGACAAUGAUACGAAGAAUUGAUCAAAAUGGAAUAAUUUCGACUCUGCUGGGCUCCAAUGACUUAACUUCAGCUCGUCCUCUGAGUUGUGACUCUGUUAUGGAUAUCUCACAGGUGCGACUAGAAUGGCCUACUGAUCUUGCUGUCAGUCCCAUGGAUAACUCAUUGUAUGUGUUGGACAACAAUGUUGUGCUUCAGAUCUCUGAAAACCACCAGGUGCGCAUUGUGGCUGGGAGACCUAUGCAUUGCCAAGUGCCAGGCAUUGACCACUUUCUCCUCAGUAAGGUGGCUGUGCAUGCCACUCUGGAGUCUGCGACAGCACUGGCUGUAUCUCACAAUGGCAUUCUUUAUAUUGCUGAGUCAGAUGAGAAAAAGAUAAAUCGUGUAAGGCAGGUGACAACCAACGGUGAAAUCUCAUUGGUUGCUGGAGCACCGAGUGGAUGUGACUGCAAAAAUGAUGCUAAUUGUGACUGCUAUUCUGGCGAUGAUGGAUAUGCCAAGGAUGCCAAACUGAAUGCACCUCUUUCCCUCGCUGUUUCACCUGAAGGAGAGCUAUUCAUUGCAGAUCUGGGGAAUAUCAGAAUCCGCUAUGUCCGCAAGAAUAAGCCAUUUCUCAACCCACAUAACCUUUAUGAGGUUUCAUCCCCUAUUGAUGGAGAACUGUAUCUUUUUGACACUAAUGGCAGCCACAUCUACACUCAGAGUCUAAUCACUGGAGACUACCUCUACAAUAUUACCUAUACUGGCAAUGGUGAUAUCAGCUCUAUUACUGAUAAUAAUGGAAAUACUCUAAAAAUCACCAGAGAUGGCACAGGAAUGCCACUUUGGCUGGUAGUGCCAGAUGGCCAGGAAUACUGGUUGACCAUUGGCACAAACAAUGCUCUCAAAAGUAUUACUGCUCAAGGGCAUGAAUUGGCAAUGAUGACUUACCAUGGAAAUUCUGGUCUCCUAGCAACAAAAAGUGAUGAAAAUGGAUGGACUACAUUUUAUGAGUAUGACGGCUAUGGACGACUGACCAAUGUCACAUUCCCCACGGGUCACAUUAGCAGUUACCGUACUGACACUGAUAGUUCAGUUAAAGUUCAAGUGGAAUCGUCCAACAAGGAGGAUGUGACCAUAACAACCAAUCUGUCAGCAUCAGGGACAUUCUAUACAUUACUGCAGGAUCAAGUUCGCAACAGUUAUUACAUUGGACUGGAUGGAUCCUUAAAGUUGGUUUUAGCGAAUGGAAUGGAAGUGUCACUCCAUACAGAACCUCACCUUUUAGCUGGCACAGUCAACCCAACAGUUGGAAAGAGAAAUGUAACUUUGCCAAUUGACAAUGGACUGAACUUAGUGGAAUGGCGACAGCGUAAAGAACAAGCAAGAGGUCAAGUCACAGUUUUUGGACGCAGACUUAGGGUACAUAACAGAAACCUGUUGUCCUUGGACUUUGACCGCAUUACCAGAACGGAGAAGGUAUAUGAUGACCAUCGCAAGUUCACUCUUCGUAUUCAUUACGAUCAUGCUGGAAGGCCUACUCUGUGGUCCCCAAGCAGCAGACUAAACGGUGUCAAUGUGACUUAUUCCCCUGGGGGUUAUAUUGCCGGUAUCCAGAGGGGCACCAUGUCAGUUCGAAUGGAAUAUGACCAGACUGGGAGAAUCAUAUCUCAAAUCUUUGCAGAUGGAAAAUCAUGGAGCUACACCUACUUAGAAAAGUCAAUGGUACUUCUUCUCUACAGCCAGAGACAGUAUAUUUUUGAAUUUGACAAGAAUGAUCGAUUAUCUUCAGUGACAAUGCCCAAUGUGGCCAGGCAGACAUUAGAAACAAUACGCUCAAUUGGUUAUUACCGGAAUAUAUACAGACCUCCAGAGGGCAAUGCCUCAUUUCUUCAGGAUUUCAGUGAAGAGGGACAGCUUUUACAAACUGCUUAUCUAGGCACUGGCCGAAGAGUUAUUUAUAAAUAUGGAAAGCUUGCAAAACUAUCAGAGAUCCUUUAUGACACCACAAAAAUUGCCUUUAGUUAUGAUGAAGCAGCUGGAAUGUUAAAGACAGUGAAUCUGCAGACUGAAGGAUUCACCUGCACCAUUAGGUACCGUCAGAUUGGGCCACUUAUUGACAGACAGAUUUUCCGUUUUAGUGAGGAAGGCAUGGUAAAUGCACGCUUUGACUACAACUAUGACAAUAGUUUCAGAGUCACCAGCAUGCAGGCAGUCAUCAAUGAAACGCCUUUGCCCAUUGAUUUAUACCGGUAUGAUGAUGUAUCAGGAAAAACAGAACAGUUUGGGAAAUUUGGUGUUAUCUACUAUGACAUCAACCAAAUUAUCACUACUCCAGUUAUGACCCACACCAAGCAUUUUGAUGCCUAUGGGCGAGUGAAAGAAGUUCAGUAUGAGAUUUUCAGAUCCCUGAUGUACUGGAUGAUGGUUCAGUAUGAUAACAUGGGAAGAGUGGUCAGUAAAGAAUUGAAAGUAGGACCCUAUGCAAACACAACUCGAUACUCCUAUGAGUAUGAUGCAGAUGGGCAGUUACAGACAGUCUCUAUUAAUGACAAACCACUCUGGCGCUAUAGCUAUGAUUUAAAUGGAAAUCUACACUUACUAAGCCCUGGCAAUAGUGCUCGAUUGACACCACUCCGAUAUGAUUCAAGGGACAGAAUAACCCGACUUGGUGAUGUACAGUACAGAAUGGAUGAGGAUGGGUUUUUGAGACAAAGAGGAAAUGAUUUCUUUGACUACAACUCUGAUGGUCUUUUGGUAAAAGCAUACAACAAAGUUACAGGAUGGAAUAUCAGGUAUCGUUAUGAUGGCCUUGGACGAAGAGUUUCCAGUAAAUCCAGCUAUGGUCACCACUUGCAGUUUUUUUAUGCUGACCUAUCAAGUCCAAUGCAAGUCACUCACAUGUACAAUCAUUCCAGUUCAGAGAUCACAUCCCUUUACUAUGACCUGCAAGGUCACCUGUUUGCCAUGGAGCUGAGUAGUGGAGAUGAAUUCUAUGUUGCUUGUGAUAACAUUGGAACACCGCUGGCUGUUUUCAGUGGCACUGGCCUCAUGAUUAAACAGAUUCUUCACACAGCCUAUGGGGAAGUCUAUAUGGAUACAAACCCCAGCUUUCAGUUAAUUAUUGGUUAUCAAGGAGGACUGUAUGAACCACUAACCAAGCUUGUGCAUAUGGGUAGACGGGAUUAUGAUGUUCUUGCAGGCCGAUGGGCCACACCUGAUCACAAUAUCUGGAAGCGCCUCAAUAACAACAACAUAAUGCCCUUCAAUCUGUACAUGUUCAAAAACAACAAUCCUGUCAGCAACGCACAAGAAAUCAAAUGCUACAUGACAGAUGUAAACAGCUGGCUGCUUACGUUUGGAUUCCAGCUGUACAAUGUCAUUCCUGGAUAUCCUAAACCAGAUACUGAUGCCAUGGAACCAUCGUAUGAGCUCAUCAGCACUCAAAUGAAGACCCAGGAGUGGGACAGCAGCAAGUCUAUUUUAGGUGUACAGUGUGAAGUACAAAAACAGCUGAAGGCAUUUGUAAAGUUAGAACUCUUUGGACAGAUCUAUGGAGCAAGUAGUGCUGGUUGCCUCCAAAAUGAGAAGAAGAACCGAUUUGCAUCAGGGGGCUCAAUCUUUGGCAAAGGUGUCAAAUUUGCUCUCAAAGAUGGCCGCGUCACCACUGACAUCAUCAGCCUUGCCAACGAGGAUGGCCGAAGGACAGCAGCUAUCCUUAAUGGUGCCUACUACCUACAAGAUCUUCAUUUUACUAUCAGCGGUGUUGACACCCAUUACUUCAUAAAGCUUGGGCCCCCUGAGAGUGAUCUGUCUCUGAUUGGCAUGACAGGGGGUAGGAGAACUCUUGAGAAUGGUGUCAAUGUGACUGUGUCUCAGGUAAAUACAGUUCUGAAUGGCAGGACUAGACGAUACACAGACAUUCAGCUCCAGUAUGGGGCUUUGUGCCUGAACACUCGUUAUGGGACCACCAUGGACGAGGAGAAGGUGCGUGUGCUAGAGCUGGCUAGACAGCGAGCAGUAGCCCAUGCCUGGGCCACUGAACAGCAGAGACUGCGAGAUGGUGAGGAAGGAACAAGGGCAUGGACAGAAGGUGAGAAACAACAGUUGCUAAGCACAGGGAGGGUACUGGGGUAUGAUGGUUACUUUGUGAUCUCAGUUGACCAGUACCCGGAGCUGUCAGACAGCGUGAAUAAUAUUCAUUUCAUGAGACAGAGUGAAAUGGGCAAAAGGUGACAUAAAACAGAAAAAUGAAGGAAAAUCACAAAAAAAAUGGACAGCAUUGAGGACUACUUGCCAAAGACAGCUGCUUAUGUGGCCACUUUUUGACUCUGUUGUACUUAUUUUUUAUAAAAAAAAAUAUAUAUAUAUAAAUAUAUAUAUACAGUUGCACUGUACUUCUAAAAAGAGUGCCCAAUGUUAAUAUCGUUUUUACUUUUUUGUUCCUUAUGUUCACACUUUAAAAAAAGUGUGAAACACUGAUAUCCUAAUGACUUUUUUCUCUUUUGUUAUUUUUGUCUUUGUCUCUCUCUUGUGAGGAAGUAAACAUGAAAAUUGAGCUGUAAGCAAGGUUCACAAGUUUGCUUGGAAGCAAAUUGCGAUUCAUAAAUGAGUUUGAUUGUGUACUUUUUACACUUGAGGCACAAAGGAAAGACUGCAGUAUCCUCACUUGUUGCUUACUUGAAAUCCCAUUUAGCACUCAUAUGGAUUAAAUAACCUGGUCAUGUGCUCUAUGAUGUCCUAAUGUCCAUGUUCCAACUGAACUUGUCUUCUGUGAUUUACUGUACAUUUUUGUAAGACACUUUCCAAAGUUACAGUGUGCCUGGACAAUAAUUCUAGGUGUAGAUCCAGUUAAAGAUAUUAAAGAGAUUUGGAAUUUUAACGCCAGUUCAGCUCUGAAUUGACGUAACGUUUUUCCUGUUUAGUUGUUGUUUGCCAGUGGUACAGCAGUGGAAAAAAUCUUUACAUGGGGGAGCUGAAGUGGGUUUCAGACCACUUUACUGUGGACUGUGCUUCCUUUCUGUGCUCAGGGGUGGGCAGUGAGUAUACACAAACAAGUGAAAACCAUAUGGAAGGUUUCAGUGAUUACAGUAUAACAAAAAGAAGAAAAAAUGUGAAUUCAAAAAAUGUGAAAUAUUUACUUUUUUAAUGCUUAGUGUUGUAUUUAGUAUUGAAAGGUGUUUCCAGCAUACAUGAAAUACAAUAUAAUCAUGUGCAGAGGCUUUAAAAAGAUGUUUUUUUUUUGUUUUUUUUUGUUUUUUUAAGAUAAAGCAGUAAAGAUAACAUUUUGCUAUCAUGAGGUCAUAUUCUUGACACAGUGGAUUUUAACAAUGUGGUCAAUUUUAUAAGUUUUUUUUUAAUUUUUUAAACAAUUUAAAAACUAAAAAAGAAAUAGGAAAAAAAUCACAGUUUUUUGGCAGGUUUUUUACUAGCUAAAUAAAACCAUCUUUGGCAUGUGUACCAAGUCACUAACCAUUUGUUUGUUUUGAUUGUACAUGUAUUUUUGAAAUGUUACCAAGAACACAGAGUAGGAGCCACAUUGCUAAAAGCACUCCAAGUAUAGAUCAAAAAGCAAGAUGACAAUUACAUAUAUACACUAUUUGUAUUAUAUGGACAUGACAUAGAAGUUUAUCCCAGUGUGUCUGCUCUGAGAAGUAAUGUUUCUAAACUAUGGGACUAUAAACAUGCAACUAGGCAUGCCAUAAGAUUGCAGCACACAGUUUCUGUGUAACACACACACAAACACUCCAACCCUUCCAGAACACACAAUGUGGGGCUGCUGACGAUCCAUACUAUAGAUCUGAACCGCAAAGUAAGUUGCUUUAUACCGAUGAUGGAAUCUUAAGGAGAAAAUGCCUUUAUACAGCUUAGGGCCGACUUCAAGGAAGAGCCAAAGCUGGCUAUGAAUCAAGGGGAGAGACAGUAGCUUUGCUACCCAAUGUUAUCUAACCCCAUAUCUCAGAUAAAUGAAAAGAAAAUUCUCUCCCAGUUUCAUGUCAGUCCUAAAGACGUCACUGGUUUCAACUUUGAGCAUUCUGAGGCCAUUCAUAAUCGUUGUGAGUCAACACAGUUCAGUGGAGUCUUCUGGAUCAGAUCAACUCAAAUCCUACAGGACCCCACUCUUGUCAAACUAGGGGCUUGUCUCUUUCUGUAAGAGAGGAUGAAUAAGCUGCAUGUGCAUUUCAGAUGUAACAUGGACAUCGUAACCCUACAUGGCUGUCCACUAUGUGAGUCUAACUUUGCACUGAUGCCGGACUCUUUUUAUACGUCCAGUUUCAUUAACUGUCAAGAGUACAACAUUUGCCUGAAGUGGUUUUAGUGAGGGGAUGUCUUAACCAGAGAGUGCUUUUCUAAGGUGUCACUAUUUUAACAAGACCAUUUCAGAGAUGUCACUGGCUUUUUUUGCUCCCUUUUUCAUUAUGUAUUUUGUGAAAAGCUGAAAAUAAAAUGGAUUUUUGCGUGAAAUAAUUGCAUUGUGAAAUUUGCAUUAAAAAUGUUGCAUUGUAACGUUGUACUUUUUCUAAACUUAUCAGUUUUUAUUUUGAUUUUUUGUUGUUUUUUUCCAACACCUUUGUGUUUCUAACACUGUAUUCUUUGACCUUGUAAAUAAGAAAGAAGCUGUAAAUAAAUGCAAAUGUAGAUAACUUCUAGAGCUACAGCAGUGACCCUGUGUAGUCUUUAGUUUAAAAAAAUAAAGGAAUAUUUUGUGUUUA